AUGUCUCUUCAGAAGUCGACAUCUUUCCUGUUUGCUCUGUUCUUCAUAUCGGUAACGUCUACUAAGGUGCUACACCUCGCGCUGCACCUGGGCACGAUACCCCUAGCGGCUUUCUUUCUAUACCUCCCUACAUUUUUCAUACCCGAUGUCGCCCUCUUGAUCAUUACCCGACUGUUGCUACGGCGGGAGCGAGGCGUUGGUUCUUUGGUUGGUCUGCUUUUGGGAGUUUUUAUAUCAUGUAUCACCUUCGUUGCUGCAUCAUGUCAGCUAGGAUUCUUCACUAGAACGGGCGCAGACAUCCAGUGGUCCGCAGCCCGCACAGUCGCAAAAGACAAAGAUGGAGUCGCCGUCCUCCUAAGCGAAAGCUCGAGCGUGCUCGUGCCGGCGGCCAUAAUAUUUGCCUUGGCAUGGUUCUCCCAUGCCUGGCUCUACGAGGUCUCUGGAAACAUCCUGAGGGCUCUGGGAGCGCUCUGGCGUGCGACCUACAACCGAGACGCCGGCCCCAUCCAGUCGAAAGAACGAAUCGAUGGCGUCGACAUUGAACAUUCCGCCGACGACAGUUAUUCAGACUCGGACGAGACAAUUGUGUGGUCGGAAGGCGACAGCAUCUUCGGCCGGGGGAAGUCGGACGAGAAGCCCGUGGGCUUUUUUGGGCGUUUGCGCACCUCAUUGAAGAGGAAAUUAAAACGAUUUCCGCAAUGGAUGGUGCUACCCGUUACGGCAUUCGUCCUGGCAGUCUUGCUGCUGACAAGGCCCACCAAACCGUACAACCACAUAUCGACGACACUCCCGCUUCCGCUUUUGACUCUCGUCAGCUUCUCAUUCGAGCCGUUCAAUUCCUGUGGCCCGACAGAACGCGUUGUCGAAAACGAUUGGCCAUUGCCAGAGCUCAUCAGCGAGCCACACUGGAAACCAGCCCGUGACAACUUCAAGGGCUGGGCUCCCGGAGGAAUGAAUCCCCUGAUCAGGGCCUACCGUGAGAGGAUACCUGAUUGGCUGCCGGUGCCGAUUCCUCCUGAGUUUGCCCGGUGGAACUCGACUGAGCCCGCAGAGGAGACCUUGUCGGUACUUGACGCGCCCAACGGAACGACGGUCGAUGGGAAUGGCACAAGCUUGGCUUGUGGACCAAUUCUCACCCGGCAAGCCGACUACAACCCUGUCGACGACCCUCUCCGGAUUACCAACCUUGAUUUGGAUCCGGUCGAGCCCCUUCGAGCUGCACUCGAAAACAAGAAUGCGACCAUAAAGCACGUGGUCAUGAUCCAGAUGGAGUCGAUGCGUGAGGAACUUUUUCCCUUGCAGCAGGGUUCCCUAUGGCAUAAGAUGAUUCUGGAAUCGCACCCGGAGGAGGGCCGUGAUGAGAUCAACGCGCGUUUGUCGAAGCUCACCCCCAACUCCGAGAGGAUAACGGGCAAAGCUGGUGGAUUUACGAACUCGACCGGCCAUCCAUACGUCCGAGAGGAAGAAGAGCCGAGCUGGGCUACUUCCAUAGCUGAAGGUUUUGGCGGUCUUAACGUCGUUGGCGCUUUUACCGGAAGUUCCGGUGUUUGGCCCAUGGCUGUCGAUGGCCUUGAAGAAUCGGAGAGCCAGGUUUACCAACCCUGUCUCCCACAUCUAUUCGACAUGCUGUCCAGCAAGAAGAUGAACAACACCGAACUGGACCAAAGUGACAUGCGAAACUGGCCGUGGGACCAUAAGUACUUCCAAGCUGUCACAGACGAUUACGAUCGACAAAAUGUCAUGAAUGAGAAGAUGGGCUUUAGGGAUGUUGUCUCCAGGAAGACAUUGGCGAAGGAUGUCAAGAACACUCCUGGGAUGAUGGAGCUCAACUACUUCGGCUAUGCGGAGCCGUACUUGAAACCGCACUUUGAUGAAUUUAUCGACCGGGCUCUGGCCAAUGACACGAGGAUGUUCUUGAGCCAUUUCACCUCCACGACCCACCACCCCUGGAGGACGCCCCCUGACUGGACCACAGUCCGAUAUAUGGGCAAGAGCCACGGCGGAGUCAGCCACUUCGACUUCAACCAGUACCUGAACGCCAUCGCCUACCACGACGCAUGGCUCGGGCAGGUGAUGCAGAUGAUCGAGGACAAGGGCAUUGCCAACGAGACCCUGGUAGUCUUUGUCGGAGACCACGGCCAGGCGUUCCUCGAGGACACAUCGGUGACGGGUACGCUCGACAACGCGCACGUGUCCAACUUCCGCGUGCCCAUCACCUUCCGGCACCCACACCUGCCGCGCGUGCAGUAUGAGGCCAACGCCACGUCCAUCAGCAUCCUACCCACGAUCCUGGACCUGCUCGCGAACACGGGGUCGCUGAACGAGGAGGAUAACAGGGCGGCGGUUGACCUUAUCAACGACUACGAGGGCCAGUCGCUCAUCAGGCCCUACAAGACGCAUGAUGACGGCCGGCGGGCAUGGAAUUUCGGCGUGGUCAACCUGGGCGGCAGCGUCCUGACCGUGACGUCGGCCGAUGCGCCAUGGAGGAUGGUACUGCCCGUGGAGGAGAAGAACUCGAUCGAAUUCCAGCUGUCGGACCUGCAGGUCGACCCGCUGGAGGUGGAGCCGGUCAAGGGCUGGGACAUGGUGCACCUGAUCCUGGACGCACGUAAGAGGUACGGACAGGACGCUGCCACAUGGGCGGACGAGGCCGAGAAGGUCGCGCGGUGGUGGAUGUUAGAACGGAAGAGGCUCUGGAAAUACCGGUCUUCCAAAUUUUUUUAG